AUGGAUGACCCCCCCCCUGAAGCAACGGAGCUGAUGGACCUUAUUUCACGAUCAAACGCCGAGUGGAGGAUGCUUGUCCAGCGCGCAAAGUCCAAAGUCGCAGGCCCCAUUGACACCUCCAAGUACUCCAAGCCUGCACCCUCCGAGAUUGCCAAGACCAUUGACCAUACCCUUCUUGCCAAAACUGCCACCCAGGACCAAAUCGAUGCAUUGUGCGCCGAGGCCAAGGAGUACGGAUUCGCUGCUGUCUGCGUCAGACUGGAGUGGGUUUCCCGUUCAGUGGAAAACCUCCAGGGGACAGGUAUCGCGGUCGCCUGUGUCGUCGGCUUCCACGAGGGCACCCAUCCAAUUCCAGAAAUGAUCGCCGAGGCCCGGACCGCGAUGGAAAAGGGCGCCACCGAGCUUGACAUCGUGAUAAACUACCCUUUUCUCAAGCACGGGCGCUUCAGCGAUGCCUUCCAGGCCAUCAUCAUGAUCAGAACCGCCAGCAAGCAGAGGCUGCCGGAAGUGAAACUCAAGGUUAUUCUGGAAACUUCGCAGCUUAGCAGGGACGACAUCAUUGCCGGAUGUGUGCUGGCAUGUGCGGGAGGCGCGCGCUUCGUCAAAACCAGCACCGGUUUCAAGGGCGCUGGCGCAACGGUAGAGAACGUCGCCUUGAUGCGUGCCGUCGUGGACUCGUGCUCCAACGGUGACGUGGAGGUAAAGGCCAGCGGCGGAAUCAGAACUGCUGAUGAUUGUAUCAAGAUGAUCCAAGCUGGCGCAACGAGAAUCGGGGCUAGUGCUGGAGUGCAGAUCGUCAAGGAAGCCCUGGGUGAUUCCGCUGGAGAAACCGAAGCUACCGAUGACGCUAGUGGUGACUACUAG